CGGGCUCCGGCUUGGCGGACCCGGACUGCGCGCAUUCUCUGGCUGCGGCCCACCACCCCGUGGACAUGCCGUUUGUAGAGCUGGACACGAACUUGCCCGCCGCCCGUGUGCCCCAGGGCCUGGAGAAGCGGCUCUGCGCGGUCACCGCGGCCAUCCUGGGCAAACCCGAGGACCGCGUGAACGUGACGGUGCGGCCCGGCCUGUCCAUGGUGGUGAACGGGACGUCGGAUCCCUGCGCUCAGCUGAUCGUGUCCUCCAUCGGCGUGGUGGGCACUGCGGAGGAGAACCGCGGCCACAGCGCGCGCUUCUUCGAGGUCCUCACCAAGGAGCUGAAUAUGAGCCAGGAUCGGAUAAUUGUUCGCUUUUACCCGGUGGAACCUUGGCAGAUUGGCAAGAAGGGGACGGUGAUGACUUUUUUAUGAUGGGCACAGAGGUCAUUCCAGGGCAUCUGUGAGUGGGCCACCCCUUCCUGAGAGACUUGCUGGCAAAGUAAGGGCCUGGUGGAUACCGGCUUCUGACACUCCUGGUGCAGACAUGCCUGGGCUCCACAGUCCGCUUACUCUGGUACACAUGCAAAAUAAAGACGCAUUCGACUUUCA